UACAUCAUGUCUUUUACAAAAAUUAAUAGAUCGAAAUAACACGCGUUAAGAGGAGAGUGUUAGUUUUCCAAGUUCCUUCGCCAACCCAAAUAAUGGAAAUUUCGUUUCUCCUAUUUCCACUUUCCAGAUCUUUCCAAUUUUAAUUGGGAAAGGACUUCCCAAUUCUUCAAUCCACCCCCCCUAUAUAUACUCUUACUUCUGGAGCUUCUUUCUUCGUACACAAGUUGAACGCACAGCUUAGACUUCUUACAUAAACCACUCAACAAAGCAAUCAGUAUUUACUUUCUUGUCUUGUUAUUUGUUACUCCUAAUUUGCAAGUUAGAAGCAAAAGAGAAAACACCAACUAUGAUGAUGUCAAUAUUCAGUUCGUUUGAUGCUCUCUCUGCUGAGGUUUUUGGCCAAAAAUUGAGUCUUUCUAGGGCAUCCACUACUGAGACAAAACAACAACAACAACAACAAGGGCUUGGGCCUGUUGUAUCAGGUAGCAAGACCGUGGCUUCUCCACCGUCUUCUUCUUCAACAGGUGGUCUGAAGAAGGCUGGAGAGGCGACGCCGCCAUCUUCUUCGCGCCAACAGCAACAGAAGAGGCAGAGGUUUGCACUGGAAUUGGACGGCGUCAACUGUUUCGAAACUAUAGUUAGCUAUUGAUUUUAUAUUACUAAAAUUCUAAUAUUGAAAUUCUUUAUUCUUGUCUAGGCAUGAUUAUGAUCAUGUACUCUAAUGUACAUUCAGGAGAUGGAUAAUACAAUUUUUGGAUUCUGAUA